AUGUGUCGUUUAUUAUUUAUAUUAAUAUUCCAUUGUACGAUAUGGAUGUGGAUCACCGCCUUUGCAGUGCAUUUCCAGGAAAGUUAUCCCAGUUACCGACUGAGUUCGGACUUGGAUGCGGAAUCGAUGCGACUCCACAAACGUGAUAUGCAGCAAUUCUUCGACAAAGCCAGCUACAGCUUCAAUGGUCUCGUGCGCAUUGCCUCGGUGCCGGUGCCCUUUCCCCUGGACAUUUGCAUGCUGCAGCUGCCCACGGUCAAGUAUGCGACAGCGUUGCACAAAGAUGCGACGGGUGAGCGACAUUUUGCCGUUUAUGUGUGGCGUGAGGCUGAGAAGGAUUACGCACUGCUGCAUCAGCAGGCGGCACCAAAGGCUGUGGCAUUGGACUGCCUUAGCUAUGCCGGUCUGGGCUAUGUGGCACUCAGCUACAAUCACACCGAGCCCGUGGAUCAGGCCAGUGAUGGGUCCCCCAUCUAUGAGUUGUCGCCGGAGAGAAGCAUGCGAACAGUUCAAUACUUUGCUGAGUUGCGAUUGCGUGGCAUGUACCUGAGGAUUAGCAGCCAGGAGUUGACACUGCUGCAGGCUUAUGAAGCUGACAGCAGCAGCAAGAGGCAGCAGCGUUGCCCCUACUUCAAGUGGAACGGCGGCACAUUCCGACGCCUUGGCUCCAUUCCCUGCAACAAUGCCCGACGCCUGGAAGCAUUUGGGAUUGACUUUGCCGACUUUGUGGCGGUGGCCAACUAUGCGAACGCCAAUGGACGCACCUCGACAUACUCGGAAAUCUACAAGUACGAUGUUAGUGCACGACGAUUUGAACUCUUUCAACGACUGCGCUCCAAUGGCGCCGUCGAUGUCAAGUACUUUAGCCUCCCGGUGAACGAAGUGAGUCGACGACACUUUUUAAUACUUGGCAAUACGGUGGCAGGUGGUGGUAAUGGAAUUGGCCGGGCCAAAAGUGGAACACCUGAGGAAGCGGACACUGUGAUCUAUGUCUAUGACAAAGGACAAUUUGUGCCCUAUCAGCGCUUGAGUUUCUAUGCUUUGGAACGCUUCCUACCCGUCACGCAUGUAAUUUCAGAGAAAUUUCUGCUUUUGGUGGCCUGCAAUAAGCAGGAUGUGAAAAUCUAUAACCUUAAUGAUUGGAAAUUCGAAGAGUCAACGGUGCAGUUUACCGAGGGCGCCUUAAGUCGAGGCGUGGCACGCAUGCGCAGCUAUGUGGAGAAUGAGCAAAGUUACCUGGUUAUUGCCAAUGAAAAUAUGGUCGCCAACGAAACAAACAUAUUUCAGCCACUCUACAAGCAGGACGAACAUGCCAAUGUCCUGCGACAGGAAAUCAUCGACUGGGCCCGCCAGCAAACAAAGCGAUUGGAGAACAUGAAUGUGGAUCGAUUAUUUAAAGCUUUGCAGAAAAAGCUCAAGGAUCGAAAUCAGAAAGUGCGAGAUAUGCAUGUGAAACGUGUGAACACCAAAACUUUCGUAGAUGUAGAACAGCACCUUUCAACAAACUAUUGGGAUGCCUUGCGCUAUGCAAAACGGGCUCUAGAUCUACUAGAUCAGCAUGCAGCUGAGGCUCAACAUCAACCAGUAAAGCGAUCUGUCAAAUCGCAGCAGAAGACGGAACACAAAUUCGACGAGAUAACAGUGGGCACUCUGUUGGUGCACGAGAAGUUGCAAGCAAAACGCAUUAAUGGAGUCGACCCAAAAAAUCCCACAUAUGAGCUAGUUAAAGCGGACAAUGUUUACGUUAGUGAGAACUUAAAGGAAGUGACCGGAGAGGAACAGCAACGUCCUGUCAUAGGAGAGCUGAACUUGCAGGAACUCCAAAUUGAUGGCAGCCUCAAUAGCCUCAACUGGACGCAGAUGUUACAACAAACGCUUAAGCGUCGGGGCAGUGAAGUGCAGUUCAUAAAAGCUAACGUGGACAUUAGCAACCUAAAGGCGGAGGCGAUUAUGGUCAAUAGCAAUGAGAUUAAUGAUCGUCCAGUCAGUCAGCUGAUAUCCAUCGAUGGGGGUGAUUAUAUUGUGCAACAAGAUGUACAAUUCGCUCAGCCCAUUGAAGUGAACAAGCUGCAGAUCAAUCAGCGUCUGAAUCAAAUACAUGUGAACAAGCAAAGCUUUGAUGUACUGCUCCAUGAAGCGAAUCAUACGCAGAUUAUUGAGGGUGCCAAACAAUUCGAGAAUAUCCAAGUACUGGAGCUCAUCACCAUUGCGGGUCAAUUACUUGGAGCUGAGCUGCGUGCCAUGUCGCCCAUGAAAGUAACACAUCAGACAGUUCAGCUGCAGGGUGACUUUGUAAUCAAUGCAGAUGUGACCAUUGGGCAGCUGCUUAAAGUGCAGGAUUUACUCGUGGCAUCGAACAGCGUGCGUCCAUCCACAGCCAUGACAUUGGAGCAGGCGUUGCGAGUUGACCAACAACUGGAUGAUAUUAAUCUGCGUUUCGAGAAACAGUUAAAUGCCAAUGAUACGCAACUAAGCUUUAUCAAUGCGCUGGACUUGCAACAGCUAGUGCAGCUGAAUGUGGAUGAAGUGCAAGUAGUCGAGGGUGCCAAGCUAUGGCCACAGGGUUUAACAAUACUGAAAGGCUUUGCCGAGGUUAACAUAUUGAAUGGCAUUGCUGUGGAUCAGCUGUCGCAGCAGCUGCUGCUCAAGAGUAGCAAUCAGAGCCUCAAAUUUCCUAUGCAACUUUCUAGCAUAGACGUGCCUCAGCUAAUUGCCACAGAACUACAGUUGAAUCAAUUGAAAUUUGACGAUUACAUGCGACGCACUGGCGACCAGCACAUCAAUAGCAACUUGUAUGUGAAUGAACUACACGCUGACCAGGUGAAUGUGCUGCAACUUCACAUGCAUGGCACGCUAUUUGGCCACCACCUGGAAGAGCUCUACGAGCAGGGAGCACAACGACUGCGCAGUUGGCAACUGCCAAGCAACUUCAAUGGCACUAUCCAUGCACGUAACGUGUGGCUGAAGGGGCACAUCAAUAAUGUGAGCAUUGCCCAACUGGAGCAGCAGCUGCAGCAACUGGCAGGCAAUAUUAAAUAUGUCGGGGACUUUACCUUUCGCCAUCCUGUCAACAUUAGCGAACUGAGCUUUAGUGGCCCUUUAAAUGGUAUUCAGGCACAGCGUUUUGGACAUUGCUGGUUGGAGACAAGUGGCGAUCAGCAGUUCACAGCAAGGCAGACUGUGGCUGGUGUGGCAAGUGAGCAGAACGUUGUGCUCCAGGGCAGACUGAACAACUACACGUUGGAACAGCUGGUCGGCGAUACUUAUAGAUUGAAUGGCUCGGAGCAACUGCAAGCUGUGAAGUUUGUGAAUCCAAUUGUGCUUUCGCAUUCAAUUAAUGUGAAGCGUGUCAACGGACUACGAAUACCAGAAGACAUGAUGUACACACAAGUUGGAGGCUUCCUGCCAGUUCCCGUCCAGAUUAACGGCAAUCUUGUUGCCUCCUCGCAACUAUGCAACGUGAGCAACCUGAAUGGCUUUCAUCUACCAGCGCUAUCGCGUUAUUUAAGCGGCGAUGCAGCCUUGAAUACGCUGCACGUCGAGCAGGCGCAGUUUGGCGGGAUUCCCCAUUAUGACACGCUGAAUGGUCGACGAUUAAAAAAUGUGUUGAAUGAGAUAUGGCUGGACAACGAACAUGUGGAAUUGAAGGGCGUACAAUUGGACAAUGCCAGCUUUGAGGGACUGUUGGAGUUUGAGGGCACUCUUAAUGGUCUGCAUGUGGAGCAUAUCGGUCAAAAUUAUUUCAGUCGAACGCGCAGUCAGCGCCUCGAUGUGCCACUAAGUUUCGAGCAUGACGUCACUUUUGCACAACCGCUGGCAGUGAAACAAGUACAGCUACUACGUGUCAAAGAUGGCGCACUUGUUGAGGGCAUAGGCAACGGCUCGCUAGAUUUGAAUGAUUUCGUGUCAAACACAUUAAAAACUGCCGGAGUACACAAUAUAACAGGAAAAUGGAAUAUACCUGAUGCGAUAGUGCUGGGUGAUUUGAAUAAUGUGUUAAUAAAUCAAUUAAAUUUAGUCGAUGAUGUUCUGCGUAAUGAUACAAACGAAGUGUCUGUGAUCGGUGCACCCAAAACUGUUGAAACCGCCACCAUCCAACGUCUUUUUGCAACAAAUGCAAGCACUGUUGCCAAAGUCCCCGUUGCAAAGUGGGUCAAUGAUUCUGUGUAUAUAUAUGGAAAUCAUAGCAUAUCUGGUAAAACGAUGAUAUACACACUGAACCUUUAUAAUGAUCUGGAAGCAAGAGGAACUAUUAAUGGCAUUCGCUGGCAAUCAGACGAGCUGCUACUUUGUGAUCAGGCACAGCAAAUAGCAGGCUCAUUGCUGAUAAAUAACUCGCUACCCCAUGACAAUCGAAUACUGAGCAAUAACAUUAAAGAACUCUGGGUAGAUCAGAUCAAUGGACUAAUGGUUGAAGAGCUGCUAAAGAACAAGGCGCAUAAUCGACCCAAUCUGCAUGUUGCUGGUCAACUGAUUUUCACAAAGCCACUUGCCGUUGCAAACUAUGAGCUGGGCGAGAUGGCUGCUAAUGGCAUCAAGUGGAAGCGUGGUGCAAGCUCAAAUGCUGUCGAGGAUUGGCAGCAGCUCGGUCAGCACGUGGAUGCAGUGCAGCAGCGUCUCAAAGAACCAUCGUUUGUGUUGGAGAGCUUUAAGUUGUUGCAACAGAUACCGCUGAAUGCGACCCAAGUGGAGGUAAUCAGCCAGAAUACAUUGGCCAUUUGGCACACAAACAGUAAAGGAGUGCAGCAAGUCGAUAGCUUUGAGUGGCACGAGGCAGAUGGAAGAUUCAGGCAUAAUCCAAUUACAAACUGUCAGCAUAUUUAUUUAAAAACGGAUGCUUGGUAUAUUCUUUGGACCUCAUCACGCGAAAGCGAAACCUGUACAAAGCCAAAUGCAAUAACACAAAAUCGUUGUGCAACACUGAAAACCAAACAAAUGACUAGCACAACAAUAAACACAAAAAUAAUGGCAUGUUUAAUAUGAUUUUGCACAUUUACGCUAAGGGCACCACAGUAACAUCCAUCAAUGGUGCCAAACACUUAACUAUCUCCAAUUGAGUACCAUGCAGCGGGUUGCUCACCACGAAGGGAAAUUCAGCCAUCCCAUAGCAUGCAGCCGCAUAUUCUCCCAGCCGAUUGACGGCAAUCACAGCACCCGAAAAGUCCUUGUGAUGCUUGAGGAUGCGUUGAACGCUUGCCUCCGCCGCCUGUGCCGGAGUUUUGCCACUGCGCAUGGCCUCGACAGCCAGCAAAGUGGGCAGAAAACGCAUCAUAACGUCCCCAUCACCAGUGGCAACUGCAGCUCCUGCUUCGUUGUCCGCAUAGCCGCCUGCACCGGGAAUCGGUGAAUCACCUACACGGCCAGGUAUUUUGAAGCGUGCUCCAUUGGUAGAGGUGCCUACAUGAAUUUGCUGCUGCACAUCGAUUGCAAUCAUGCCGAUGGUGUCGUGAUUCUUGUGACCCAUUUGAAAUUCGGUGCGUGCUCGAUCUUCCUUCCAGCGGGUGGGGGGCGUUGCCUGCGGCUCGUAGGGACCACACGAAAUCCUGGGAUCUGGAUGCACAUCAUGCCAAAAAUUUGGUUGACAAUUGCCAUCCUUCCAAUGCUGCCACAUGAGUUUCGAUUCGGGGGUGACCAAAGUCUCAGGCCGGAAUCCCAUUGACUUGGCAAACUCUGAAGCCGAGUUGCCCACCAGCAACGUAUGGGAGGUGUGCUCCAACACAUGACGCGCCACCUGAAUGGCAUCCUUAAUUCCCUGCAAUCCAGCCACAGCGCCCACAUUCAUUGUAGCCCCAUCCAUGACGAGGGCAUCCAGCGUGGUGUCGCCCAGUUCAUCCGGCGAGCCGCCAUAGCCCACGGUGCCAUCGCAUUGCAGCUGCUCGCACUUGGUGCAGCCUUCGACAACAGCAUUGCGUGUCUGUCCCAAUCCGCCCUCUGAUUGCUGGAGAAUGCGCCAGGCAAAGGCAUUGGCAUCCGUGAAGUUCCAGGUGUUUAUGACCAUGGGCAGCAAUUGGCUCCUUCUGCUGGGUUUUGUUGUCGCAAGCACAACAUAAGUUGGAUUGCUGCUGAAUCCCCAUUUGUGGGCGGGAAUUGCUGUUGAGUUAAAGCUUCUUCUAUAGGUAAAUCCCCGGCCGGAGUAGGAUGAGGAAGCUACUGUUGUGAUAGCUGCCCAGCAGAG